AUGGCGUCGCUGUUCCGUUCGAUCCUCCGGCUAUUCCAAGCCAAGGCGCCGGGUCCGGAGCUUCUGGGUCUCGGCGACGAUCUCCUCCGGGAGAUCCUCCUGCGGAUCGGCUUCCCCGCCGACGUCAUCCGCGCCUCCGCCGCAUGCGUCACAUUCCGCCGCCUCGUCACCGAACCCUCCUUCUUCCGCCGUUACCGCUCCCUCCACCCUCCGCUACUCCUCGGCUUCCUUGACACCAAAACCUUCCAGACGGCCCAGGCGCCCCACCCCAACGCUCCUGCCGCCCGCGCUCUCUUCCGCGCCGCGAGCUUCUCCUUCGAGGACCGCCUCCCUCGCCGCCAAGCGUUGUACCGCAUCUGGCCCUGGGUGAUCUGUGACCUCCGCGACGGCCGCGUCCUCCUCAAGUGCACACCGCUGGGAUUCAAAUUCAACGCCUUGGACUGGUUGCCGGAGCUCGCGCUGGCGGUAUUUGUCUUCUCCUCGAGCUCUGGCCGCUGGAGUCUCGGUACGUCUACAAAUUUGGAUACUCUUAAUGUACCACCAGACAGAAAGAUGCUGAAACAGCCCCGUCUUGCUCAUGGCUGUUUCUUCUGGAAAGUGGAGAAGAAGGACAAGUUGCUCAAGCUUAACAUGACACAAUGGAGCUCUCCACAUAUGACCUCCCGCCUGGCCACCACGAGCGCUAUCGCUAUAUUGUCAUUGCGGAGGCAGCAUUAUGCAAACCAAGAGCGACAGGGACAAGGAGUUGCAGAUGAUGACUAUAAUCCCACUUCCCCCCCAAUCGUCGGCUUUCCAAAAUUCCGAGGACUAGGUCCUGCAGUGCGUUUAUCCCUCGAGGUUAAGAAUUUGAAGAUUGAGAGGGUAUGUUCCGCAAUUCCCCGAAUUGGCGUCCUGCACCCGUAUUUCGGGUACCCACCACCCAUGUCACCGAAAGUGAUACCAAGUGGUAAGCAUUUGAUCAUUGCCUUCACUGGCUUCCUCAAUUUUUUGCUUUCAGAUGCUGACAUGUGCCCUGCUUCGGGAAUAAGUUUAUAUUACUAUUAA